ACAACGCAACUUCUAACGAUUAGGUUUAUCGUGUAUAUUGAGUUUUUGUUUAAGAAAAUGUGGAAUUCAAUGUUUUGUUUGUGCUUUUCAUAUAUGUAGACUAAGCGUUAUCCAUAUAUAUGUACAAUAAUGUAUAAUUUAUCCGUUCUAAGAAGAACUCCACUUUUAGCAUAAAAAAACAUUAAUUAUAAUAUUAAUAAUGGCUCAAGAAGUGAAAAAUAUUAUUUUGACAUUGUCCCAAUUAACAGUAAUGCAGGACGUUGUGACUCGUCGGGAUGUAAUGCGAAGGGUGCUGGCUUUGAUGAAUCUUCAAGUUGACUUAAGACCAGUUAUUGGACACUUGUUCAAGUAUUUAGCAGUACCAGACUUGGUUGUGAAAAAGGUUGUUUAUUCUUUAUUAGUUAGAUAUGUCAGUGAUGUACCUGAGCUAACACUCUUAGCAUCUAACACAAUUCUAAAAGACUUAAGUGAUUCAAAUCCCCUGGUGAGAAGUCUUGGAACUAAGUCUUUAUUGAAUAUUCCUUAUUUUCAAGAACAGAUACCCAAUGUUCUUUUACAAGCCUUCCAGGACAGAAGCCCUCAGGUACGCAGGACGGCAGUUGUAAAUUGUGUUCAGAUACUGAAAGAGCCUGGUUUAGCAACCUUGAAACAUGAAACAUUGGACCAGUUAUACAUGUUAAUCAGAGACACAGAUCCCCUCGUAGUAGUUUAUACUCUGGCCGUGUUGGACAGAAUACUCGUCUCAGAAGGGGGCAUAGUUAUCACAAGAAAGAUGAAAAGCUAUCUAGUAAACAGACUGGAAAUGUUUCACGACUGGAGUAUUUUAGGGGUUACCAGAUUGUUUCUAAAAUGUCAUCCAGAAAGUCAGGAAGAACUGCUGAGCUUUCUCAAUAGCCUUGAUGAACAUCUAGAACAUUCAAAUCCUGCCAUUGUCCUUGGUGUUACAGACUUCUUAAACUCACUCUUAAAGACCUCACUGUCACAUCUUGCCCAAGAAGUAAUAGAGCACGUUACACCAAAGCUUUGUUUUUAUUUAGCAUCUACUAAUCAUGAACUUGUGUUUGCUAGUUUGGAGUUCAUUGAAAAGCACUUGAAAGAACAUUUAGAAAUAUUUUCCCAAAGACUAAGUAGCUUCUUCUGUAAGUUUUCAGAUCCAGUGUUUGUGAAGUUAAAGAAACUCACAAUGCUUCCAAUGCUAGCUACUGCAUCAAAUAUUAGAGACAUUGUGGAUGAACUGAAAAUGUAUUGCACAAAUCAUUUAACUGUCAUAAGUAAAACUGCAAUUAAUAGUCUGUCUCAAAUUGUCAACUUUCAACCUUCAAUGUCAUCACCAAUAAUAAAUUUCUUUCUUCAACUGCUUGAGCUAGAGAUCAAACCUUUGGUGGAAACAGUUUUUCAGAACCUUUCAGGAUUAGAAUUCCAGGUAGACCAAAGAACCGAGCAGAAUAUUGUUUCAUCCUUGUUUACAUACAGGCACGUAGUUAGUUCUCCAGAAGGAAAGUGUGCCAUUCUUAACCUGCUAACUAUGUAUGAUCAAGCUAAUGUGGAAACACCCUAUGUCCUGGAAGAACUAAUUGAACAGUGUUUAGAAGAAAGUACUAUUGUCAAGCAUACAUUAUUGGUAUGUUGUGUUAAGAUCUUUCUCAACAGACCAGCAGAACUACAGGAAAUGCUUGGUAGGCUUUUUGAACAUCUUUUGAAUGAUAACAGUCCAACUCUAAUAGCUGAAACUCAGUUUUUUUACAAACUUUUGAAGACGGGGACUGACGUAGCACAACAAAUUGUUUUUGGUGAUCUCAUAAGGUAGAAACUAGUGAGUUCUCAUGCAAACAAGUAGGAUGAUUAAAGCAAAAAUAUACUUUUAAAAUUUGAUGAAAUUUCAAUCUUGGAAGGCUAUUUAUAACUUUUAUAUUAAAGUGAAAUGUAAGAAAAACAAACCACACACUCAGGCAUAAAAAUCUAUCCAACAACAAUCAUAAAAGUUUUUAGAAAAUUUUCUGUUUAAUCAUAAGUGACUUAUUUAAAUCUAUAUUUAAAUAAUUUAACAGUUUCUUAACUGUUUAUGAUUAUAAUUGACAGUAUUGCUUCCUUAAGUUAUAUAUGACUUACUCUUGUGUCUGUAGUUAUAAUGGUAUUAGUUUAUAGAUCUGCAUAAUUUUGUAAUAAACUGUAGAAUAAUGUGACAUAAAAUAUAAAGCAAAUUUCUGGUUUAUCACUUAAUGAAUUAUCAAUGUACAUAUGAUAAUCACAUGUUGACCUCAUUAAUUUAAGGUCAUGAAACAUAAUUUACAAUGAUUGCAUUAGAAUGAAGUUCUUCAAGGUAAGCUUGCACUUUGCUUUAAAUUAUCUUAUUUCCAGGAUUAUCAUACAAGCAUUUAUUUCCCAGUUUUAUUGACUUUAAUAGUUCUUUAUCCCCACAGCAAUUGAACAUAUGUUUGCACAGUCCAACCUUAUGACACACACCAUGCAUAUCUUCUAUUUAAUAUUGUACAUUUGUUUAUUACUGAAUAUUUGUACAAAAUGUAUGUAUGGUUAAAGCUCAAAAUUAAUGGUUUCCUUCCACUCAUUUUUUAAAAAU